GAAGGCCAGCAGAUCUAUUUAUAGCAGAGUCCUACAGAGCAGCAGACCCGGUCUAUCACGUCCUCCACCUCUGUACUGUCCACCAUGCCCGGCAGCCAGGCCCGGUGUAGGGCCAGAGAUCGCAACAACGUCCUGAACCGGCCAGAGUUUCUGUCCCUGAACCAGUCGUCCCGCAGGGAACAGGCAGGGGGGGAGGGGCGGGGGAGCAGCGGCGGUCCGAGGAGACCCGUCUUCAGACAGCAGAGUCAGCAGGACAACACUGGAGGGAGGGGGUCCAGAGACUCCAGUGAGGGGGGUCCAGGUGCUGAUGGCGGUGGUGUGAAGGACACUUCCCGGUGGCCAGAGCAGGACUGCAUGCAGCUCAACCCGUCCUUCAAAGGUAUCGCCAUCAGCUCUCUGCUCGCCAUUGAUAUCAGCCUGUCAAAGCGUCUGGGGGUCUGUGUGGGGGCUCAUGGCCCUGGGGCCCCGCUGCGCUCCAUGGUUACCCUGCUGGCACUCACAGGCCACGCCCUCCUCUGGAUCUGCGGCACUCUAAUCUGCCUGUGGAGGAGUAGCACGCUGGCCGGACAGGAAGUGCUUGUCAACCUGCUGCUGGCACUGAUCCUGGAUCUGAUGACAGUUGCUGGGAUCCAGAAGCUGGUUAAACGUCGGGGACCGUGGGAUUUCCCGCCAAGCUUUUUGGACUAUAUUGCCAUGGAUAUGUACUCGUUUCCAGCAGCCCAUGCCAGCCGGGCCGUGAUGGUGUCCAAGUUCCUGCUAAACCACCUGGUGCUGGCGGUGCCUCUGAGGAUCCUGCUCUACCUGUGGGCCUUCCUGGUGGGCGUGUCCCGGGUGCUGCUGGGGAAACAGCACCUGUCAGAUGUCGGCUGUGGCUUUGCACUCGGCUUCCUGCAUUUCAGCCUGGUGGAGUCGGUGUGGCUGGACUCGGCCACCUGCCAGAUGCUCAUCUCCAUCGGCACGCUGCACUGGACUCUGGUCUGACCUGCUUCAGACCCGUUCUGCUGCAGACUCGGGUCCAGUUUGGGCCGGUUUCACUGGGUUCUUCUGCCCUCCAUCAGCUCGCUGCUGCUGACUGAAGACAGGGGCCGCCUGGUCCUGAUUGCGGCUCUGUGGAGGACCUGAGGAGGGCUUGCAGGACUGUUUGAGUCUCAGGCAUUGAAACAGGAAGUGUCUGCAGUCCCAGUUUCUCAGAU